UUAAUCCGGACAAAGCGAGAGCCACAGGCGGCCGAACUUGACCAUGGUCUUUUCACUCCACAUACGAUGAGCAUUUUCUCUCCUCCACAAACCAAAACAGCGUCGCUUCUCCAUGUGUGAGGCUUCCUCGAUCUCUCGGUAACCGAUAACUAUCCACGUCUUUCGUCGUCUGGAGCCUGCCGCGUCGGCUCUGCGAGAGUUGUCGCAUGAUCCGCAUCGAAAUUUGAAGCCGCCGCAAACCGACCUCACGCGAGCCUCUUGAAACGGCUGCACUCUUGACCGGGCCUCGCGAUAUCAUACUCGCUGCCUCGAUUGUACCACCGACACCAUGGAUCUCGCAGUGACAUUGAUCAAGGCCGUGAUGCGGGCGUUCUAUUCGACGCGAGACAUCCUCGUCGUGGACGCACUGAUUCUGCAUGAAGCUCUUCGCGAUGACGAUCUUGCCUACUUGAUGGCCAUAAACACCAAAGACUUGCACAAGAUUUGCGGAAAGCUUAGAGAGGACCGUUUCUUGACAGUUCACACGAGGUCAGAACUGCGACCAGGCAAUCCGCGACCGAGCAAUCGCACAUGGUACUACAUCAACUACCGACACACCAUCGACGCCAUCAAGUGGCGGGUUUACAACAUCGACAAGGAGGUCCAGGGAACCACGGUGCCGGUCAACGAGAAGAAGGAAUACUUUUGCUCGUUCUGUAAGGCGGAAUGGACGGCGAUGGAGGUCCUGGACAGCGUCGGGCCAGAGGGCUUCCUCUGCCAUCGGUGCCGCCGCCCGUUGUCCUUUGAGGCGGAUAGGAACGCCGGCAGACACGAGCAGUCGACCCGAUUGAAUGACCAGUUCAAGUUCAUCAGCGAGCUGCUGCCCAAGAUCGAUGCGGCGCACAUCCCGGAAUGCGACUUUGAUCGCGCCUUGUCCAAGGCCCGGCCGGUGGUCCGCGACGCUACACACCAACGCGCGGCCACGAUACCCGUCGACGACGGCUCAUCGCGGCCCAUGGCCGUUCGGGGCCUGGCCAACACGGGGCCCCAGUCCAUCGCGGUCAACAUAUCCACGUCAGACGGGCCGUCGGAGGCCGAGAAGGAGGCCGAAAGACUGCGCAAGGAGAAGAUUGCCCAGCAGAACGCGCUUCCGUCGUGGAUGUCCAACAGUACCAUUACAGGAGAGUCGUUUUCUGCAACGGCAGAAGCUGGCGCCCUGGGGCUGAGCAAAGAGGCAGCUGGAGGAGAGUCAAAGAGCAACCUGGUCGACAACAGUGCCACCACGCAGAUUGAUGACAUUUUCGAGAAGAUCAAGGCAGAGCAGGCGGCCAUGUUGGCGCGAGAAGCAGAUGCGGAAGACGAAGAAGAAGGAAGCUACGGUUCCGAGGAGGAGGAAGAUGACGAGUUCGAGGAUGUCAUGGCGACGGGCAACAACUCUGGCAUGGGCACGCCCGGCAUCAAGGUCGAGGCAUCCGAGGUGCCAUCGGGCGAUGCGUCACGAGUCGAGGACAGCUCGGAUGACAGGGCGAACAAGCGGGUCAAGGUUGAGACGGAGGCUGUCAAGGCCGAGAGCGGCAACGAGGAUGAGGAGGAUGAAGAUGAGCUCGAGUUUGAGGAUGUCUGAG